GGAGAGAGCACUAUAAAGAUCCCAGUCAGACUGAGCAGAACAUCAUCCGGUCAACAUGGAGCUCACAGCUGUGGUAUUGCUGGUGAUUGCUGCACACACUUUAGCAAAACCUAUUGCAAAUGAAGAGAAAGACAAAUUGUUAUUAGCAGAGAAAUAUCUUCGAAGGUACUAUGACAUGCCAGCUGGUCUCCAGGGAGAACGAAAAGCAUCUGAUCUCAUGCACCAGAAGAUUCGAGAGAUGCAAGCUUUUUUCCGGUUGGAAGUGACAGGAAAGCUGGACGACAACACCUUGGAGGUCAUGGAAAUGGCUCGCUGUGGAGUUCCAGAUGUGGCUGAAUAUAAUCACUUUCCUCGAGACCUCAAAUGGAAAAACACAAAUGUGACCUUCAGGAUUCUGAACUAUACUCCUGACCUGAGGAAGGCGGAUGUGGACAAAGCCGUUCGAAAUGCUUUUAAUGUCUGGAGCAGGGUGACUCCACUGAGGUUUAAGAAACUGUAUGAGGGGAAUGCUGAUAUCAUGAUCAGCUUUGGAGCAAAAGAACAUGGAGACUUCAACCCGUUUGAUGGACCUGAGGGACUUCUUGCUCAUGCUUAUCCGCCUGGAAACGGCAUUGGUGGUGAUACACACUUUGAUGAGGAUGAAACAUGGACCAAAGACUUUCACACAUUCAAUCUGUUCUUGGUUGCGGCCCAUGAGUUCGGUCAUGCUCUCGGUAUGGCCCAUUCCUCUGAUCCAGGGUCACUGAUGUACCCAGUGUACUCCUACGGCAAGGGUUACCCUCUGUCUGAGGAUGACAUUAAGGGAAUCCAAUCUCUCUAUGGUGAAAACCCAGACCAUGGAAGAGUCAAGCCUAAACCAGACGCUCCAACCAAGUGUGACCCUGAACUGAGUUUUGAUGCCAUCACUGAACUCCGUGGAGAGACAAUCAUUUUCAAAGACAGGUUUUACUGGCGACUACAUCCACAAAUGCCUGAGCCUGAACAAACUCUCAUUAAAAGUACCUGGCCUGAAUUACCAAACCAAGUAGAUGCUGCCUACGAGAACGCAGAGAAAGAUAUUGUCAUCAUAUUCAGUGGUAUCCAAAUGUGGGCUCUCAAUGGCUACAAUCUGGUUGAGGGCUAUCCAAAAUACAUCCACAAGCUUGGCCUCCCGAAGACUGUCCGCAAAAUAGAUGCAGCAGUUAACAUCCGAGACACGGGCAAGACUCUACUUUUCGUAGAUGAAGAAUACUGGAGUUAUGAUGAAGAGAAAGGCACCAUGGACAGUGGAUACCCACGAUCCAUUGAGAACGACUUUCCUGGAAUAGGAGACGAAGUGGAUGCUGUUGCAUAUCAUUAUGGAUAUUUGUACUUCUAUCAUGAGCACAUUCAGUUUGAAUACAGUUACAGCUCUCGGAAAGUCAUGCGCAUCAUGAGGGCCAACUCCAUACUCAACUGUUGAGCGCUUAUAAUGUGGCCAUAAACUGUCAAUAAUUAUCAACUGCUGUGACAAUUAGCCUUCAUUUUCAGUUGAGUUUUCAACUACUGAGCUGGUAAAUCAGUAGAAAUUCUCCAUUCUUUUAAAAAGUAUUUAUAGACCAUGAUUCAGGAAUCAUGUCUGGGAUAUUUUGGUAAAAUUAAUUUCUGGAUGAUUAUGAUUAUGCAUAUGCAUCCAGUGGGAAUCGAAGAAAGUGUGUAACUGUGUUAUGAACUCUUUAAUGCCACUGUCUAAUAAAUAAAUAAAUAAAUGCACAAACAGAAAA